AUGACACAACAUCCAGACCUUUCCUCUUUUCCUCUCUCUCACAGACGCCGCGCUCCUGAACGAGCCGCGCACAUCCGAGGGCACAGGGGGGGGGACCGAGGCCGGAGGGGGGGGUGGAUUGAUGAGGGGCGGAUCGUGUUGGGGUCCGCGAGGUGGAGAGGGGAGGGGAGGCGGGAGGUUGUUGGGGUGUCGUGCCUCUCUGGAGCGGCGCUCCAUAUCGUCUCUCCGUCGGGGCUCUCGUGUGUCGACCGUAUCCUCUAUGUCGUCUUGUGCGGGGGGUGCGCGUGCGCGUCCCGGGUAGGUCUACUGGUCCGUGGGGUGGGUUUGCGUCUAGGGGGUGGAGGACGGUUGGGGGGGGGAGGGGGGGGGGUGUCGGCCGCACUCGGCGCUAGCGCGUUUGGGGUGUGGCGCGGAGGGGAUCGCGUUGCCCGCCGCGCUGCGCUCUGGCUCUCUUGCGCCUUAGUCCCCGGGGUUGAUAUCUUCGGUUCGCUCGGCGCGCUGUACCAGCUGCUUUGUGUGUUGGAGCUUUUCGCCGGGCUUUUCCGCGACGCGUUUUCGGCCCACCUUCGGCGUAGUUUGUUGUUGGUUGGACCAUUCCGCUUGACUCUCUGGGGGCCCCGCUCGAUCCUCCGCGCUCGCUCGCUUUUGUCAUCUCUGUGUGGCUUUCCGUCUCGCUUCGUUUCUCCCCUCUGUUGGUCCGUCGACACGGAGCCGCCCGCGCGUGUGUUAACACAAUCGCGUAGGCAGAUCCCUGCCGACGCAUACAGGGGGGUUGUGGUCUCUCACGGGUCGGGGGGGCAGGCGUGCCACGUCGGUAGCCUCUCGGCCCGCAGGUGUGACGCGCUACUCGUGGCGCAUCUGGUCGUAGCGUCUCUCCGCCUUGGUCGUCGCUAUUUCCCGCGGGAUUGGCCUCGCGGUAUUAUCGUCUUUCUAGUCGUGGCUCGGGCCCGCCUGAGACGGGGGUUCGUCUCCCAGUCGGCCUUUUGCGGCGUGCCGGAGUUGCACGGGUCGUUGACGGUGGUGAUUUGGGGGUUCCGUCUGCGGGCCCGGCGGGCCGAUGGAUACGGUAAAGGGCAGCGCCGUGGGGGGGCAGGGGGAGACGGAGUGGCUCAGGGAGGGAGAUAA